UACUCUGGUGGGGCAGAUGACAGGACAGAGAGAGGGUUAAAGAGGAAUCACAAAAUCGAAGCGGGCAGCCUGCAGGGACUUGGGUGGGGGGAAGAGGCAUUAGUCACCACCUGAUUGAAGGAAUGGACACAAUGGACUACGACAAUCACGCCAUCAUCACACACACACACUUUUCAUGCCCGCCCCCUUCGUUCUUCCCUUCUCUUUAAUGGGCAGAUUCGUCCCUCAGCACCUAAACUCUGGGCACUUUAAAUAGCAGUCCGACCCCUUGCUAUUCCACAACCUCCUCCUCUCCUCUCAGAAUGUCCAGGAGCCUGAAGCAAGUGGCUGUGCUGCUUGUGGCACUUCUGUGCCUGGAUCCUCACGGCCGGGUCGGCUCCGCACCCAUCUGCGCACACGGGCCAUCAGGAUGCCAUGUCCCGUCCCUGGCAGAUCUCUUCGACAGGGUCAUUCAGCACUCCGCCAGAAUGCACAGCCUCUCCAACGAUCUGCACUCAGAGUUUGAACAGUAUUUCCUGCCCAGCAAAAACCAUAUUGGAAAGAUCUACCGCAAGUGUCACACCUCCAACAUUUUGACUCCGAAUGGCAAAGAGAAUGCACAGAAACUAGCUCGUGAAGAGUUAACGGAGGUGAUUCUUAAACUGCUGAUGGCCUGGAGGGACCCCCUGUUCCAGCUGCACCAGAGCAUGGCUGACCAGCAGGACUUCAACAGCUUCAGCAGUAACAAAGCCCUGGAGAUGGGGGACAUGGCCCAUGAGCUGAGGAAAGGGGUGGAGAAAGUAGCUGAAAAGAUGCGAGUACUGGGAAUGCUCGGCAACUCUGUGACAGGUCUGUCUGCAGCAGAAGCCAUGCUUCCUCUCUCUGAAAGCGGAGAGGCCAUGAGCGACUACGAGCUCCUGUACUGCUUUCGCCGUGAUUCGAACAAAGUCCAGAACUAUCUAAAGAUCCUGAAGUGCAGAAUUGUACCUGAGCAUGACUGUUAGGGAAAAAAAACAUUGGCCUUUCACCUGCACUACUGGACAGCGAAAAGGACACAUGCUGGUCCACACUUCUCAAGCAUGUUUGACUCUGCGCCAUCAGUUAAGACUUCACCAGAUCCCAGUUAAUAAAUCUGACUUUAGGCUUCAUACUCUAGCAUUCCAAACCAAUUCAUUGCUGCAACUAUCAAAAAAUAAAAAAUAAAAUAAUAAUGCAUAUAGAAGGAGAGGGGGAAACUGUCUCGCCUUCAAAGUCAACUCAUUCCUUAAAAUAUUUUUCUAUGUACCAAGUUAAACUCCUCUGAAUCAUAUUUUCGUUUUAUGUUUUCAAAUUUUAUCAGUGGCAAAGCAAAUUUUCACCGAAUUAACUGAGUUGACAACACAAAAUGACAAUAAAACUGUAGAUUCUUCAGCAC